AGAAGAAAUAAAGAAGUUGUUUUUUUUUCUCGAGAAGAGCCUACCGGUGUGUCUUUCAGUGAAUAAAGUGAAUUAUUUGAAAAGUACAAGUGGUAUCCCUUGGUGUCACUGAACUAUGAUUCAACCGAAAGACGAUAAUGAGGAAAUCAUUUACAUGGACGACGUUGCCGACGAUGCAUUGAAACCAUUGACAAGCCAACCGCUAGAAACGAUCAGGAUUGAACCACGUUUGGGCUCGAUGCUCGAGACAGACAAUACCAAUAAUCCAAAACCAACUUCUGGUCCCGAGAUAGACGACCUUGAACCUGACGAGAAACCUUCGAUAGGGUUCGAUAUACGAGGAAUCGAUGAUGGCCUCCUGCCAAGUGCACCGCGAACACCGGAAGUUUCGAGUUUUCCCGACAGCAGAAUGCCAGUGCCAUUCUUUCCAGUGCCACCUCUUGAAUCGAUACCUGACGUGAACGUCUAUCAACACAAGAAGACACUUGCUCAAGGGAUGAUGGAUUUGGCUCUUCUAUCCGCUAAUGCGAAUCAAUUACGUUACGUCCUACAGACUGACGGAGGCCAUCCAUAUUACUAUCCGUCUUUAGUGAUGAUAGGUGCCAGUUUAUUCUUGCAAAUAGCUGUGGGAAUAGGAUUAAUUUGGAAUAGUAGGUACAAUGUGAAGGAUGAUGCACAAAUGUGCAAGGCUGAGAAGGCUAAUAAUUUGACAGUGAUAGGUAUAUUUCUAGUGACAAUUUUGAACGUUUUUAUCUCGUCGUUUGGCGUCGUUGAUCAAGUAACGACGAUACCUGCACCAACUUAG